AUGUUACAAAAUAAGCAAUCUGGCACAGCCAGACAUACUGACAAACAGCAUACUGAGCAGUCCUGCCCUAAUACUUUCAGUACAUCUACAACCAAUCAACAAGAAAUCCCGCAAUCCGACCUAGUUGACAACAAUUUAUCUUCAAUCAAGCAACAAGAAGUUCCACAAAACUCCCAAAACAUAAAUUGUUUUGAUUCAGGUAUCAACGCUGAUUCACCACGUUACGUAUUAGUGGAAGAAGUCGCAUUGAAGAUUAUCAUUCAAUCUCUUGAUGAACUUAAGCUAGCUGUCAAGAUAUUGUGAGUGGAAAUCUGGAUUUAAGCAACAAUAUGCUGACUAAAAAAGUCAACUCGAAAGAAGAACUGGAACUGCUGUCGGAACAGUUACAAAAAGACGACUACAAAUCAAAAAUGGUGAUUAUCAUAUUAACAUUCAGCACAAAAAUUUGGAUUUGCUGA